AUGGAUUCUCCUCCCCAUCUUCAUAAGCCCAACAAGUGGCCACAGUUCCGCCGCUCCCCACUUUGUGCCUCUCUAUCCUUCACCCUCACGGCGACCGCCUCGCAUAUUUCCCUCGCCUCCCCUCCCGACCCUUCCAACGAGACCGAAAUCCUCGACACCAUCAAUCAAUCCUGGGAUGGCACUGUAGUGGCAAACGGAAACCAUACCGUCAACGGCACCUUCACCCUCAAGGCCAUCUAUUGCAGACCUUCCCACAGAUCUAAAAAUGAAGACGUUCUCCAAAUCCUCCUCCACGGCGCCACCUACAACAAAACCAUGUGGUCCGGAUACGGCUUUGGUUAUCCCUACGACUGGCAGUCCUACGCGACCAGCCCUUCGCAAGGCUACCACACCCUCGCCCUCGACCGUUUGUCUCACGGAGAGAACGACCCGCGCGGUCUGGAUCCGUUGAAUGAUGUGCAAAUGCCGUUACAGACGGAGCUUCUGCACCAGCUUAUUUCUGUCAUCAAGACCCAGCCCAACACCAAGACUACUACCUCCCCCAGGACCAACCCAUUGGGAAGGACCUUCUCUAAAAUUGCCUUGGUAGGGCACUCCCUAGGCUCCUACCUCUCUGUUGCCCUCGCCCGUUCCUACCCCCUUGACGCCUCCGCCUUGGUCUUGACAGGCUACAGCUCCCAUCAAAACACCUUGCACGUGCGUUCCGCUCCCUGGGCGUCCGCCCCUAGCGUCUUCCCUGAUCGAUUUCCGUCCGGCAAGUAUCUUCACAACCUAGAAUAUCUAACCAUAGCUACUUUGGAAGGCCGGGAGAAGGGGUUCUACGACAACGCCACCGAUGCUGCUGGUAGGUCAUAUGACCCUGAGUUAGCGAGGACGGAUUAUGAAUACUCGGAUGCGGUCACGCUAGGGGAGGUGGUAAGUCUGGGGGAUUGGGGUGUGGGUGCGGAAGAAUUCGAGGGUCCGGUGUUGGUUGCAACGGGACAGAGAGAUUUCGUUAUGUGCAACCCGCCGGAGGAGGAGUGUGUGAAGAGUCUGUGGGAGACAGGAAAUACUUUCCCAAGGGCGAGGAGGUAUGAGGUUUGGUCGCCUCGGAUGACAGGUCAUGAUUUGACGCUGAGUUAUUCGGCUGGGGAGACUUUGGAGAGGGUUCAUGAGUUUUUGGGGAGGGAGGUUUAG